UACACGUGUGAUUGUGGAGCACGUAACAGCAAUCAGAGUUGCGUUGUUGAUUAAAAAAUGGCAGAGUCGACGGCAAGUGACGCGAUUACAGAAGAUACGUCAAACAAAAGACCACAAUUUGGAAAUCGCACCCUGGGCGAGGACGACAAUGUUUUUCAACACAACGCCUGGGACAAUGUUGUUUGGGACAAAGAACAGGAAAAAGUGGCUCAGCAUAAGGUAGAGGAAAAUUCAACAGUGUUGGCAUCCGAAGAAGAAAUUGCUAAAUAUGAAUCAGAAGCUGACAAGUACUGGGAUAAAUUUUAUGGUAUCCAUCAGAACAGGUUUUUUAAAGACAGACAUUGGCUUUUCACCGAAUUUCCGGAACUAGCACCCAAUGACGUCAAACAGGAUAAAUGCAGACCUAUCAGAGUAUUACCAGAAUCACAAAGUGAUGAUGUGGUUCAAGAGAAUAGUUUGGAAAGUAUUAAAUCUUCUCACAGAAUCUUUGAGAUAGGCUGUGGGGUAGGAAACACAGUAUUUCCCUUAUUGUUGUAUAACAAUGAUCCAGAUUUAUUUGUGUACUGUUGUGAUUUUUCACCCCUGGCCAUUGAUAUUCUACGACAGAGUAAAGAGUAUGAUGAAAACAGAUGUAAAGCGUUCGUUCUUGAUGCUACUCAAGAAGACUGGAAUCCACCGUUUGAAGAGAACAGUUUGGAUAUUAUCAUCAUAAUAUUUGUUUUAUCAUCCAUUAAUCCGGACAAAAUGAAACACGUGGUAAAGCAAAUUCAUCGUUAUUUAAAGCCAGGAGGAUUAGUUUUAUUUCGAGAUUACGGUAGAUAUGACUUGGCUCAGCUUAGGUUUAAAAAAGGCCGAUGUUUAGCUGAAAAUUUCUACGUGAGGGGCGAUGGAACGCGCGUCUAUUUCUUUACACAAGAUGAUAUCCGAGAUCUUUUUAUCGGCUGUGGAUUCAGUGAAGUUCAAAAUCUCGUCGACCGAAGAUUGCAAGUCAACCGCGGUCGACAAUUGCAAAUGUAUCGCGUGUGGGUGCAAUGUAAAUACAGAAAAUUACCCUAA